AUGGCAGGCGGUACGCGUGGGCCAGUGCCAGUGCCUCUGAACAGCGAAGAGCGUAACGUCACUCAGGAUGUUCUCGAUCUGCUGGAGAAGAAACAACCCCUCCAAACUUCCGAAGACUUUCCGUCGAUACGACAAGCAGAGAUCAAAGCAGCACUAGACCGAUUAGCGAGUCGGUCUAUGGUCGAAUAUGAAGCGCACGAUUCAGAACAGGUGCUUCUCACACCGGAAGCCGAGUCAAUUGUGGCAGACGGUUCGCACGAAUACAAGGUCUGGAAGGCCGUCAAGGAUGCGGGCCAGGUGCCAGUCAAGGAGAUCGCAAACAUUGUCGGUGCCGAAUCCGCGAAGGUGGGGCAGGGCAAUGCCUUCAGGAAUAAGUGGAUUAAGAAAGACGGCGACUCCCUCGUACUCGUAGCGGAAACGGUCCAGGAUGCGACUCGCGACCUCCUUAAGGGCAUUCAAGAGACUAAGACUCUCUCGGACAACAAGACGCUCAACGAGUUGAAGAAGCGCAAGCUCGUGACGUUGACCAAGGUCAUCGACUACAGCGUGAAGAAGGGACCCAAGUAUGCGAAGGAGAUACCUAUCGAGGUCACGGACCUAACGGCAGACAUGUUGGCAAGCGGUGCAUGGGAAACGGCGAACUUUAAGCCGUAUAACUUCAAUGCACUCGGUGCGUCGCAGGAUGCGGGCAGCCUGCAUCCGUUGAACAAAGUGCGGCAGGAAUUCAGGAACGUUUUCUUCUCACAAGGCUUCGUGGAGAUGCCCACCAACCACUACGUCGACUCUGGCUUCUGGAAUUUCGAUGCCCUCUUCGUCCCUCAACAACACCCUGCUCGCGAUGUCCAAGAUACUUUCUUCAUUUCGGACCCUCCUAAGGCCGACAAACCCCGUGCAGAUGCUAUCACCGAAGCUACCAUGGACAACAUGGAGUCAGGUUCAAGAAAGCUUUUUGCGAAGCCCAACGAAACCGGUGACAAGCCGAAGUCUCGAGACUUCGAGAAGUACUGGCAAAAUGUACAAGACGUUCACCAGAAUGGCGCCUUCGGCUCCGUCGGUUACAGAUACCCCUGGUCGGCAGACGAGUGUCUACGUCUUGUGCUGCGAACGCACACCACCGCCGUUUCUACUUGGGUUCUACACCGUCUAGCCGAGAACCCGCGACCUGCGCGCUACUUCUCUAUCGACCGGGUGUUCCGUAACGAGACGGUGGACGCAACACAUCUGGCAGAGUUCCAUCAAAUAGAAGGUGUCAUUGCGGACUUUGGCCUAACCCUUGGAGGUCUGAUGCGCUUCCUCGAGGACUUCUUCAGCAAGAUGGGUCUCGAGAACUUGCGCUUCAAGCCGGCAUAUAACCCCUACACCGAGCCUUCGAUGGAGAUCUUUGGCUUCCACAAGGGUCUUGACCGCUGGAUCGAAAUUGGAAAUUCUGGGCUUUUCCGCCCCGAGAUGUUGGAGCCUAUGGGUUUGCCUAAAGACAUGCGCGUUUACGGUUUUGGUUUGAGCUUGGAGCGCCCGACGAUGAUGAAAUAUGGAGUAAACAACAUCAGAGAGUUGCUCGGACACAAAGUCGACUUGACAUGGAUCAAGGAGCAGCCUGCCGUGAGGUUGGAGAAGGACUAG